AUGGGGCGGCACCUAGAACGACCACCUAUCCGCUCGGCCGUCGCCAGCGUGCGGAUCGAUUGCUCGGGCGUGCUAGCGGACUGCGACGCGCACGCCCGCGGACAAAAGAAAGCCGUAUCAGCUUCGAGGAAACUCGCCGAUAAUGUUGUUUUUCGCUCGCGUUUCGUGCCAAACCGUGUCUUCGAAAAUUCUGGAGCAGACCUAAUUGGGAUUCAUCAUCGG